AUGGCCCAAUACCACAACACGGCUGCAUCCAACCUGAGCCCGACGACCUCCAGCAAUCCCUCCACUGCUACCGCGACUGCAAACGCCGCCGCCGCCGCCGCCGCCGGCCAGGCUUCCACCCCCCAGCACAAACGUGUUUAUCAAGCCUGCAUCCCGUGCCGUCGGAGAAAGGUCCGUUGCGAUCUGGGCAGCGUCGAUAAUCCCCACGAUCCCCCCUGCGUACGAUGCCGUCGCGAGAGCAAAGAAUGUUAUUUCAGCGCAACAAGGAGGAAGCGCAAGGCCGAGGAGGGCGAGGAUCCCGAGCCCGAGGAUGUCGAUGACUACACAAUCCGCAAUGGCCGUAAGCGCGUUCACGUCAGCGGCAGCCCGCCCGUCGCCAUCGACAAACGCCUCUACAGCGAGGUGCCCUUGACUCCAGGAGGCUCCAUGGGCAGGGCCCAACCUCUGCGCCGCCCUACAGACGGUGGUACCCCGAGCACCACGAGCCAAGCCGACAGCCGUCAGCGGAGCGACUACGUCGUCGACGAUGAGCCCAACGCCCAGCUCGAGAACCGCGAGGCUCAGGACCUCAUGCGACCCGGUGUCUACGGACCCCACGAUGCUUUGGAUCUGCUGUACAAGGCGGCUACGGAUAGGUCAGUCCAGCUCAGCCAUACCCAAGACGCGGCUGCUUACCACCCCCCGGCUCACAGCCCUGUGACCAACAACCACAAGCGUCACGAAAGUGUCGCUUCCAUACCCGCCAUACCUCAGCAGCCCGUCAUUGUCACGCCCGGUGCGACCAUGAAGCCCGUGGGCAAUGGCAACGGACGGCCCUCGGUUCCCGUCGCCCUUGAGCCGCAACCUAUUGACCCGGCUCUGACGAGACGUGAUCUCUCCGGUGAGCCCGGCUACCAGGACGCCAUUAAAGCCUGGGGGAGAUUUAGGUUUGUCAGAGCCGGCUGGUUUUCCGCACAAGAAGCCAUUGACUACAUUGACUACUACUACGAAUACCUGUCACCACUUACACCAAUUUCUCCACCGACCUUCCGCAAUCCUGCGUCUCACAUCACCUUGCUCACGGAAGAGCCCAUCCUCACCAUCACACUUCUCACCAUUUCCUCGAGGUAUCGCAAGAUUCCCGGCACAGGUGGCCAAUGUCGGUCCAACGCCAUCCACGAGCAGCUUUGGACAUAUCUCCGGGGCAUGAUUGAGAGGUGCCUGUGGGGCCAAGAGGCAUUCGGGGGUGGGGUCGCAGCUAUGGCCGGUGCCUCGUCCAUUCCCGAUGAUCAAACAAGCAGCACAGCGCCCUGGCGUGGAAUGCGGAAAGGCAGCCUGCGAACUCUGGGGACCAUUGAGUCACUCAUGAUCCUCACAGAGUGGCACCCGAGAGCCCUCCAUUUCCCGCCAGCUGAAGCCAUUGACGAGCUCAUGCUUCCGUCAUACGAAGGCAGUGAUCUGAUCAGCACAGACGAGCACGGCAAUCAGCGACCGUCCGCUAAUAUCGGCGGUAAGCGCCUUGACAGCUGGCUCGAACCAGCCUGGAGAAGUGACAGAAUGUGCUGGAUGCUUCUCAGCACCGCCAUGGGUCUCGCAUACGAGCUUGGUGUGUUUGACGACAUCGAUGAGCUGCUGCGCGACGGUGCCAUCUCCCGCCCCGAGUACGAGGAAGAGGUAUACCGUCAACGGGCGUACCGCAUCAAGCGUCUUCUGUUGAUCUAUCUGUCCCAGCUCGCCGGUCGUCUUGGUUGGACAAGCAUGGUACCCGAGGCCUUGCGCAAGAGCGAUCCGGCGGUAACCCGUCGCCGCCCAACAUCCACAGAGGGUACAACACCUGGCACUAACCCGUCGUCCAUGUCAAAUGCCUUCAACUACAUCCCGGACCUGGAGCUCGAUGAUCAAAUAAUACAUUGCUGGGCUGGCAUAAGCAACGCGAUGCACAUUGGCAACGAAAAGUUUUUCAAAUCUCGCAAGCACACCACCGAUAUCAUCCAGAGCGGGAAGUACACUGAGAUGCUCAAAGACUUCCAUCCGCUGCUCCAGGACUGGUGGAAGGAAUUUGAGCGCUUCAGGUUACCACCUUAUAUCAGACAUAUUCUGACCAUCGAGUACGAGUAUGUACGCAUCUAUGUCAACUCACUUUCUCUGCAAGCUGUCGUUGAACGGUGUACCAAUAACGCUGGUCACACGGCGCAUGCGGGACACGGCACUCAUGGCAACCAUAACGCCGGGAGCGCGGCACAACUGUCUCCCCAGACGCAAAACUACUUUGGUAAGCUGCCUCUGGGACAGCUGGGUGGCUUCGGCGCCAGUGAUCAGGAGUACAUCAAAGAGGUCAUCAGCGGCUGCCGCAACUUGCUUCGGACGGUUGUGGAAGGUCUCUUGCCGGGCGAUUAUCUCAAGCAUGCCCCCGUGCGGACAUACUUUCGCAUCAUCAGCGGUGCCAUGUUCCUGCUCAAGACUUUUGCUCUUGGUGCCCCACGAUCAGACGUCAAGCUCAGCAUUGACCUGAUGGACGAGACUGUCAAGGCACUCCGCAAUUGCAUCGUUGACGACGUUCACCUGGGAAUUCGAUUUGCAGAUCUUCUCGACUCCCUGACAAGCCGGCUCCGUAACCGUUUCAUUCAGGCUCCUGCUUUAGGACUCGGGUCUGCGGAUGGAAGGAGCCCGGAUCCCCACGGGAUUACCAACGGCACCGCAGCCAACGGCCAAGCAAUCGGCGGUCCCGAUGGCCAAUCAUGGGCGAACCACGCCUCAAAGUUACGUGACGGGCUCAACGCGCAUGACGACCCCGCCAACAUUUCUGCUACACCCUUCGACCUCAGCACUGGUACCUUUCCCUAUCCCUCAGGCUCGGCCUCAGUCCUGGGCCCGUCCACGCCGGCACCAGCGCCUGAGAACGGCGGAGCCACAAACACAACCAACAACGCACCGUCAUCUACAACAGGAGGCAUGGAAGGCCUCUUUGACUCAACUGACUGGAACAACCCAGGCAACGAGAUGUGGUACUUGCCGCCUGGGCCGGCAUUUUUCCAAAAUAUGGACAACACGGCUGUCGCCAUGACGGCCGAGGGCGUCAACGUCGGCGGUCUCGAUCUCCUCGAGUACAUGGCCAUGGAUACUGGCUUUCCCGUUCUCGAUGGGCCUUCAUCCUUUCCCUGA